AUGUCUCGAUCCAGUCGACGCGGCCCUUGGCUACCAGAGGAAGACGCCACCCUCUUACAUCUCGUUCGGUCGCAAGGUCCCAACAACUGGGUUCGAAUUUCCCAGCAUAUGCAGCAUCGCUCACCAAAGCAAUGUAGAGAGCGAUAUCACCAGAAUCUCAAACCGACUCUCAACCACGAACCUAUAUCCGUAGAGGAAGGCGAAGUCAUCGAACAACUCGUGCAAGAAAUGGGGAAACGAUGGGCGGAUAUAGCGCGUCGUCUUGGAAAUCGGAGUGACAACGCGGUGAAGAAUUGGUGGAAUGGGAGCAUGAACCGCCGGAAAAGAAACCACUUCCAGCACAACGGCGAAUCCAGGAUUUUGGGAUAUCGUACCCUGCCCAUUCCGGCUUCUGGAGCUCCUCGUCCGAUUUAUGUUCAUGAGCCCCAGAUGAGUCCACCGCAACUUGACGGAUAUUCCUCCCACACACCUCUUUCCCUGCGUCGGCGCGAAGCACAAGAAACCGACUACAGAUUCGCCGACACAAGUCCCGUCGCGGACGACCGCAACCUUGUCUCGCUGGCACCAGGACAUCAAAAUCCAGGUCUGCGGCACACGCAGUCCAAGUCACCUUCUUACUACGCUUUCGAUCCCAACCAUAACAGCAACAUGCAACCUUGCUCAUCAAAUCCUGACAUUUGUCCCCCGGCAGACGCAGUGCCCUCCAAGCCGCCUUUUUUAACGAGGAAUUGGUCCGCCGGUCGUGCCGAGUGGCACUUAGCACCUCUACAUCCCAGCGAGGGGCCUCUUAAUUCCCCGGCCGCCACCGAAUCCUCACAGGCGUCACUGAACCAACAAGCGCCCUCUCUUGUUUCUGACAACCAGUCGAACUGUUCAAUAUCUCCGAAGACGGUCACAUCACCCCGUGCAGGAAUGCCUGCGCCACAGGAUCUGACUGUGCAGAUGUGGCCUGAACUGUGUCCCAACCGCAGUUCAGGCACUCAUCACGAGGGGAAGCAGGAUAGGAGGGAAAAGACCUGGAGAGAAAUCGACCGAAACAAUCCUUCAGCGACAGGGUUGGAGCACUCGACCGAUACAGAUCGGCCGGCCCUGUCUCACACCCUCUCACUUCCAGGGCCUUUAGCUGUCUCCUCGAGGCGAAAAAGCAAGGAGAAUUCCCUCUUUCGCAAUCAUUCCACGCAAACACCCGAGGCCAGUCCCAGAGAUGCCCGGAUGAAUGUGUCCAAUCUGCUUGGUUGA